AUGGGUGAAAUGACAGCACCUUCUUCUUCGACGACCUCUUCGGCCGUGCAAUCCCUCACCAGCGCCAGCACGCUGGAUUCACCAACAGAGUCGUCUGCGCGCCGGGCGCUGCGAGACAGCGUCUUCGAGUCGACCACAUGGCGCGAGACGGACGGCGAGUCCCCCGAGGAACUGCAACGGAAGGAUCCCCUCGGAACGCAGAUCUGGAAGCUGUAUUCAAAGACAAAGAACACGCUGCCCAACUCUGAGCGCAUGGAAAACCUGACGUGGAGAAUGAUGUCCAUGAACCUGAGGAGGGCUCAACACCAGAGCCGACUUGCCCACGCAUACCAGCAGCGUGCCAACGCUCCCAGCGGAAUUGCCCAGUUGAGACAGUCGGCAGAGGCGCAGUCGCUCGAGCACUCCAACUCGCACUCGCUCGACCAGUCGCACUUCGCCGUGCCUGCCAGCGAUCACAUGAAUCUGGACGACUUCAUCGUGCCUUCGUCCAUCGCAUCCCCCAUCAGCCAGUCGUCGCCCUCGGCCUCGCUCGACACCUUGAUCAACGACCCAAAGGCCACAUCGACCGGCAUUCCCAUUCGCCGGCAUCAACAGCUCCAGGAAGAGGCCCAGGACGACUUUGUUGCGCGUGCCUCGGCUCCGUCGGUCGCUCCCACUGCCAUCCACAAGACGACCGACGAGUUUGGCUACAUCCAACGCCAUGUGCGCAAGACUAGCAUUGACGAACGCAGGCCGCCCAAGCGACGUGCCGACUGCUCUCCGCAAGUGCCUCCAGUCACCACCGGCAUGCCCAACGAUGCCCUGCUCAACAACUACUCUCUCGACUCGGGCGCUUUCAACCCUCCCAACACCCAUGGCCAAGUCCCCUUCGGCCUCGACACUUUCGGCUUUGACACGGGUGCCAACGCUUCCCACAACGACCCGCUUCUGACAUCGGCCGGCCCCUUCCAGACCAACUUCAACUUUUCGCCCGUCGGUUCGCCCAUGAUGACCAAUGGCCAGUACACCAACAUGUUCAACCAGUCCAUCAUGUCCAACAACUACUGCUCACCGCCCCAGUCCUCGUACCAAUCCCGUGUCUCGACUCCCCAACCUAUCCCCGAGCACGAGCCCGUCUUCUUCAACACCUCUAGCAGUGUCGAUCUGAGGCACCAUGCCCACAUGAGCAGCUACACCAGCCAGCAACCUACUCCCGUGGCCAGUAUGCAGCCUCAGUACAUCUUCAGCCCCAACAACGACAACAUGUUCAGCCAGGUGUCGGCCCCCGAUCCAUCCACCUCGUUCACUCAACCUUCAUCCUACUCAAUGUCGGGCCACAUUGACCCCAACGAAGUCUUGUCCACUGCCAUGCCGUUGCCUCGCGAUAACAACAUGUUCACCUUUGGCGCCGACUCGGACAACGAAGACGAGGAACCCAAUUUCGGCGAUCGCAACAACUUCAUGAUGCAGACAGACUUCUCGCCCAUGGAGGACCCUUCAAUGGCCGAGUACCAGUGGGAGAGCGGUCUUGCCUCGGGUCAGUACAAUUCACUGCCCGCUCGCUACGCUGGCCCCCCUGGUCGCAAGGGCGUGACCAUCGGACACACCGAGAUGAUUCCCUCACCACAAGACUGGGGCGUAGGUAGUCUGGGUCGCACACAUGGCUCAGCAGCAUCUGUCAGCGAGAUCCGCAAUCGCGGAAACGAUCCUCGUCUGAAGAAGAUCCCUCGCACCAGCUCAACCCCAAAUGCGGCUGCUAUGGCUGCUCAGCAUGGCAUUUUCUCUGCCCGCCCACAAUCCUCACCUUCGUCGCCGCCCGAGUCUUCGACUGGCUUUAGCUCUGUAGCACCUUCUCGGCCCGGAAGCCCAAAACCUGGUGACAACGGCCUGCCUACGACAUGCACGAACUGUUUCACCCAGACCACUCCCCUGUGGCGCCGCAACCCUGAGGGGCACCCGCUGUGCAACGCAUGUGGCUUGUUCCUCAAGCUUCACGGCGUCGUACGUCCGCUCAGCUUAAAGACAGAUGUCAUAAAAAAACGUAACCGAGGCGGAGCGGGUUCCGCAACCGUCGGGCCCCCCACCAGUCGUCCCAAGAAGGCUGCUAGCAGGAAGAACUCGGUUGCCCACACUCCCGCGACCACUCCCAAGCCUAAUCACGACGCCGAAUCCCCCAAGUCCACCGCUGGCUCCUCCACUACCGCCAACACUCCUACAACUCAGACCAACCCGGUCAUUGCACCAAAGACUACUGUGGUACCUAUUGCGCCUGGUCCGCCGAAGCCGCAAAUGCCUGCUACGGGUCCAGCUCCUACUCGUAUGGUUGCACCAAAGCGUCAACGCAAGCAGAGUAAAGUUGGCAGUUCUCCUCAAGAGAUUGAGAUGGGCGAGGCGGACGACAUUAUGCCUAGUCUCCAGCCCAGGGACCUAUCUCAAGCUCCCACGCCUACUUACGCGCCCAAUCAGCAACCAAACAUGAUGAUGAACAACGGUGCCCCUGGAUCAAUGGUCAGCACUCCUUCCGGUAUGCCUGCCGGUCCACAGGAAUGGGAAUGGCUCACUAUGAGUCUGUAA